CCCCGUCAACCGCCCGCCACAAUCCCUCCCCCGGUGCCAAAGGAACCCGUCAUGUCGGCGGAUAUGCCUCCUUUGGCUGAUCCAGCUACUCUUGAUUCCAGCUCGGGGGUACGGGGUACCUCCUCUUCUGAAUCUGAACACCAACAACGAACCCCCAGUGACACCCCUCAUGUUCCUUUGAGGAUUAGACGGCGAAGGCAUUUGCCCAUGUCGGAUGAUCAAUCCUCCAGGAAUCAGAUCUUCUAUUUUGUCGACUCCAAUUCCUCGUCCCGGGAAAAACGGGCUCAUGUGAUGCGUCACCAUGUUCAGGAGAAACGAAGGCAGCGAAAGCCUUCCCACUCUCGAAAUGACGGGGACAAGAAGAGUAAUCGGCCUCUUCGAUACUCCCCAUGGCCUCAGAAACGGUCGGAUGUGGACAGUAAUGAUGACUAUGAAACGUUCACUCCCCAGGAGGUUCCCAGCGAGGCUCCAGUGAAUAGUGAUUCCCUGGUCCCCUUUGGUCUCCCUCCUCUGCAAUCCCCUCCUCCUUCUGUCGAUGAUCUCCAGUCGCCUUCACCCGUCACCCUUCUCGAUGCCUCCAGAAAGGAUCCAUUCGACAGCCUGUCAGCGAUCUGCUCGAGCGAUGACCUUGAGCUAGCCGACUACUGGACUAACCGGCUAACUUACUGGUCCGGACAGAACAAGUAUAUAAAAGAUCUUGUGUUUAAAGCCGCUAUGGACCACCCAUUGUGCUUUCAAACGGUCAUCCUUACGUACUGCGCACGCUGGAAAGCCCAGCUCUACGACCUGAAAAAUACCAAGGAAGCCGAGCAUCAUCUGGGAAAGGCCCUCGAAGGCAUCAAGGAAGCCAGAAAAGGAACUUCAGGAGUCGAUGAAGACACCCUGGCAUUAGCACUCAGUGGCAUGUCACUACACGAGGAUCGAUUUGGUGACAAACAACUCGCCAGGCGAUACGAAGACCAGGCCGUUCAAAUCCUCCGGUCUCGCUCCGGGCCACCGAGCACGGUCGAAGUUUUCAUGCAUUAUGUGCGAUAUGUCAUGAUGCCACCGCCCAUGGAAAUGAGCGAAGACGGAAAGCAAUGGCUCGUCACCUUCCUCCGUGCGGCUGAGGGGCUGAUGCGCCAGCAUAGCACGGGCCCCUACUUGAUGUCUGUUCCCCAGCGACGCACGGCGUUCCAAAUGGAUAGUCCCUUGUUUCCCUUGCUUUCCAGUGGCCCGAGACCAUCCCAAGUGCCGCAGGAUGCGCGCAUGUAUGUUGUGCAAAAUGCGCCCACCCAGGAGAUCACUCGAACGGCCGCAUUGAUAUACAUCACCGCAGCACUGUGGGAUCUCCAAGAAUCCGCAAGCAAGACUGGACGGUUCCUCAACCAUCUCCACCGACUAGUACGAGACCACAAGCUGGACCGAUAUCCAGCCUGCGAGACAUUUAUCUGGUUGCUUUUGGAAGAAGGAUAUACCUCGGACUUGAAGGAUCCCGAACGGGGAUGGUCAACGGGGGAACUGCUGAAAAUGCACAAGCAGCUCCGACCGGACCUUCAGUUCCAAUACAACGAGAUCCUAUACAGCCUACUCAUGCUUACAUCCCCGAUCCGCGGGAUCGACGCUUUCGAGCAGGAAUUACUCGCUUCUCCUUGAGGCUACGGAAAAAAUCGAGAUACCCAGCCCUCCCCGUCGAUAGUUAGCCAGUGUUUGCGAGCGCGAGUAUGUACCAUUUCGGGCAGAGCGUACCGUACUUUAGGUACGAAUGAAAGUGAUUGUUUUUGCGGCUAGCAGCAUCAUCGUACAUUGUCAUUGUGGCUACCUGUGUGCUCUGACAAUGACCCCGCAUUGUGUGUGGUGUGACCCGAGAUCGGGGGGGUCUUCUAGAAUGACCUGUAGCAUCUCUCCACCGCUAGUACUACCCUCUCUCUCUCUCUCUCCCUCUCUCUCACCCUCACACACAAUCUUCAGUCCUCGCCACGUAAGCCAACCAAUCCAAUCCCUCCCUCUAUCUACCUACCUACUAGUACCCAUUCAAACCACCAAGCAUAAGCUAGCAAUAAGUACAUAGAUAACACCAAUGACACAU